GAAUUAAAUAACAACUCGGGAAUAAUAAUUGACGACUCCAAAAAAACAUUCAAUGAGGAGGACAAUAAUGAUUCAAACUAUAUACCAAUUGACUCUGAUGAAUCAACUUCCAAAGGAUCAAGUUCUGAUGUAAAAAGUAAGAAGGAUCCUCCAAAAAUUGACAAGAUGGUUUUUCAGAAGACCCAUGAUGCUAUCCUGGAUACCUCAAAGUUGAAAUUGAGCACAGGCAAAAUAGUGGAGGAUAUUCUUUUUAAUUUUUCUAAAGACAUGGAUUAUGAACACCACACUCAUUUGUAUAUUGUGGAUUUUGAUGAUGAGAAUAUCAAAGCAUUGUUUACUGAUUCAGAAUGGAAAGAAUUAACAAAAGAUCAAAUUGGGCUUAUAACUGUAUACAGGAUUGAUGCACCAUCAUCAAGUGGUGCUAACCAGAAGAAUAGAAAUCGAAAAGUAAAUACACAUAAAAGAAAGUCUGUUGGUCAUAAAAUUGAUGGAAUAAUAUAUACAACUGAUGAGCUUCUCGAAUUAGGAGCCAUAGAAGGUGCAAGGUCCUUUAAGGGUGUCUCAGACAAUAAAUAUCUUGAUGAAGAAUUCAAAAUGCCAAAGUCUCUUCAAGAUAUGUAUUCUGAUUUGAUCAGAGCUGUAAAUUAUGAUGAUCAAAGAGCAGACAAACUCCAAGUAAUUGGUAUAUUACACCUUGGAUUAUGGAUUCAAUUUGUAAGAUUAUGGUGUGCCAGAGGAUCGAUUUGUAUUUUUCACAAAGAUCCUCAAUCUUUCAACAUACAUAGCAAAUUCUCAAAAAAUGGAUUAAGAUCUUUCCCUAAAUUUCUAGCAAGGAUAUAUCAAUACAAGGUAUGA